CCCAAAAAACAAAGGAAAAUUGUACAUGAUGCCAUGGCCAUUAACCGUUGGCAACGAUUAAUUGUGAAGAGACACGUCCAUUUUCUCUGCGACAUAUAUGCCCGCCCUUCUCUUCUCCCAUCGUAACCAAAACACAGCAAUGUAUCCUUCAAUUUCGAAUGACUUUCAGAUGGAGCCAUCGUCAUCAUCUUCAUACUCAACACCAUCUGCACCACCAUAUCCGGCUCUUCUAACACCAACACCACUUUCCGCAAAGAUAGAGGAACCCAUGACAGCAACUGGCAUCCCUGUCAGUUUACCAACCCAAAUUACGCGACCUCCAAGUACCCUUGAUGCUUCUAACAAUUUACAUUCUCCAGUUGCUUGGUCCACUGGUCUCUGUGGUUGUUUCGAGGAUGUUAGGAGUUGCUGUUUGACAUGCUGGUGUCCUUGCAUUACAUUCGGACGAAUUGCAGAAAUGGCUGACAGGGGAUCAACCGCAUGUGGAGUGAGUGGAGCAUUAUACACAUUGAUACUGUGUUUGACGGGUUGCUCAUGCCUGUACUCAUGCUUCUAUAGAUCGAAGUUGAGGGGACAAUUUUUCUUGGAGGAAAGUCCAUGUACUGAUUGCUGUGUUCAUUGUUUCUGUGAGGAAUGUGCCUUGUGCCAAGAGUAUAGAGAGCUGAAUAAUCGUGGCUUUGACAUGUCUAUAGGUGUCCUUCCUCUUCCUCUACACAAUUUCCAUUUUUGUUGGAUAAAGAAGGGUUCUUUAAAUUUGUACUUUUUUGACAUAGAUAUUGUUGUUUUGUAAUGGAAUAGGAUGGCACGGGAACAUGGAGAGGCAGAAACGAUUAGCUGCAAUGGCUCCUGCAAUUGAAGGAGGGAUGAUCAGAUAGAGCUCCUGCCAUUUUUAUUGCUUUUUCCAUGUUUCUAAGCUUAUCUAUUUAUUCUUGUUUGCCAUAAUAAUGUAGGUUGAGACUUGAGACACAUAUUUGUAAGGUUCAUUAUGUGCAUAUUGUAUGUGGGAACAGACCACUAGGCUUCUUUUUUUCUUUUUCCUUUUUCUGAUUGUGGAACUAUUAUUAUUGAAUUUAAUAGAUAAACUUUAUCGCGUGAA